AUGCCGGCGACGGGAGUGCCGCACCGGCAUCCGCAGUUCAUGCAGCCCGAUGGAACAUGGAACUCCCAGGUUCCUGCUUUCCUUUUCGGGCACCCGGUUUGUCAUGCUGCAGUCAUGUUCCCUUGUUGGAUGACGACGGAAUCCUCGUAUCAUGUCUAUGGUGAAGCGGUUGAUGUGCGGUGGCUUGCGGCGGCUUGCGGCGGCAAGAUACACGACCUGCCUAGCGCAGAUCAGCCUCGGAACCAACGACAGAUGAAAGCGACCCCUCAUCGGCCAAGAGGACAAAAAGCGCAGUUCACAGGCUGGAUUCGCCCCCUUUCCACCAAUCUGCCGCCAACCUUCGGAUCGGACGACCAGGCAAAUAGCAGGUCGUUGGGGUCGGAUGGGGCCAGCGUUCGCCAACAAUCCGACAAGGUCCUGUUAGAGACGGGGCCGAAUUCGUGCGUGGCUUAUUCUUCAAGAAUAGCUUCGGACGAUCUCCAACGUUAUGCGCCGCAAACUCGACCUGCCGUAUUGUUCCCAUCAUUCUUACUCAGUAGUCCGUCGAAACUCACCAAGAAGAGUGGAUGUACGGCUGAGUCGUCUUUGCCAUUUACCGGGCCUCCCCCUCCAUUGAACGUCAUCCCUGGACCCCCAUUUCCAUUUCCGCAACCCCUGUCAAAGCGGGCUCAUCCUGGCAUGGCAGCUCGCGGCACAGACUCAGAGUACGUGGUAGUCUCCCUCAGAUCGGGCCCAGGCCCAGUUGGGGAUCCUCCACCAGAAUCCAUGGCGAGCCGCCGAUUCAAGGGUGACGAAAAGGCCAAGAGUCUCCCGCUUCAAUUUUGCCUGACCUCGGAUGGGAAUCUGGAUCCCAUGUAUGCGCAGGUUGAUCGUGUUAAAAAGCCAAAAGACGAGAAAGACAAGGACAUGCAAGAGCAUGAUGCAGCCAUACUAAGCACCCGGGCCUGCUCCCUUCUCAAACCCGUCCACCCCUCGCAUCAAGAUACUUGCCAGUUAAGAGAGGACUAUCCAGUAUCAGCCAGCAAUUGGCCCGACACGCCUGUCACCAUCAUUAUUCAUCUGCCGCAACUUACCUUGUCGACCUUGGGUAUGGGUCUGCUGACUCCAGACUUUAUACAUUAA